AUGGGUGGCGGCCAAGUCCUCAACUACAUGUUCCACCCAGAGUCACCCUACAACAAAGACAAAUCCAGCCGGCCCAAGUUCGCCGGCGUGCUUCUGUACUCCCCUCUAAUCGCCAUCGAUCCAUCCUCCCGCCCCUCAAAGCUGGUGGUCUCAGCGGGGCGAGUUGUCGCAAAGUUGAUCCCCCACAAGCAGCGGUAUUCCCCGCUUGAUGCGCAUCUGUUAUCUCGAAACAAGGAAGUGGUCAAGGAGUUCGUGGCUGACACGCUGUGCCAUGAUACCGGUACCUUUGAGGGGCUGGCCGGCAUGUUGGAUCGAGGUAUUUGGUUAGAGGGGAUGUUUGCGGCUGGGUCUGGAGCUUGGGUGAUGAGUGAGGUGCCGUUUUGGUUUGGGCAUGGUGAUGGGGAUCUCAUUACUAGUUAUCCUGCGACCAAGGACUUUGCCAAGGUUUUGACCGAGAAGGGUGGUGAUGUGAAGUUUUGUUCUUAUGAAGGCGCUUAUCAUAAGUUGCAUGGUGAGUUGCCGGAGACGACGGAGAGGUUCUUUACCGAUGUGAAGGCAUGGAUUUUCAGCAAGGUGCCCGAGACGAAGGCGGUGGUUGCUCAGGAGGAGGUAGAGCGCGUUGAGGGUGAAGGUGUCGUAGACACCGCUGUUCAUGAAGAUGAGACCGAGAGUAAAGCGAAGCUGUGA